CGCGCUGCAGGGGAUGUCACGUGACCUCGCGUUGGGUGACGUCAGCGCAGCUCCGGGCUGAUGUGUGCGGAAAUGCGCCAUCAACCAACACAAACAUUCUGAUUUAUUCGGAAUUCAAUCAACGCGAUGGACAGGUUAGCUCCCAUGCGUCUUUACACGCUCUCUAAGAGACAUUUUGUCCUGGUGUUUGUGGUUUUCCUCUUCUGCUUUGGGGUCUCCACCCUCAUUGGUGUUUCCGGACCAAAAAUCAUAAGUGAAAACUACAACAACGGUUUAAGCAUCAGUGUCAAUAGGUCAAAGACCGGCCCUUUCAAUCUCAGAUCUCAACCGCUCUCAAACUAUAACCAGCAGUUGUGGCUCACCUGUGUCAUUCAGAUCCAGAAUAAAGUUGGAGACUUCCGGAGGGAGUUCGGGAUGAAUGUUGAACUGCAGGGCGUGAUGCAGGACGCGAGCGUGAUGCGCAUUAUUGAUAACGUGCACAAUAAGAACAGAACCUUGCACUGCGCCGCUCAUCAGGAGGUAUGUGAUGAAAUUAUCGUGUUGCAUCUGGGUUACCUGAACUACACACAGUACCAGAUCAACAUCAGCUUCAGGAAUCUGGACGAUCUGAAGGCCAGUAUCAAAAAUGUCACAUUUGUGUUUAAGAUGUACAACACAACGUUCUCUCAGGUGGAAAUCUGGUUCCGCUUUGUGUUUGUUGUGAUGACCUUCAUAGUGACUUGUAUGUUUGCUCACUCUUUGAGGAAGUUUUCCAUGAGGGAUUGGGGAAUUGAGCAGAAGUGGAUGUCCAUUCUUCUGCCUCUGCUGCUCCUUUAUAACGAUCCGUUCUUCCCGCUGUCGUUCCUAGUGAACAGCUGGUUUCCGGGAACGCUGGAUGCGUUUUUCCAGGCUCUGUUCCUGUGUGCGCUGUUGCUGUUCUGGCUGUGUGUGUAUCACGGCAUCCGAGUGCAGGGUGAGAGGAAGUUCUUGACGUUCUACCUGCUGAAACUCGUAAUCGUCGGGCUGUUGUGGUUAUCGGCCGUUACUCUGGGAAUCUGGCAAACAGUAAAUGAGCUGCAGGAUCCCACGUAUCAGUAUAAAGUGGACAUCCAGAACUUCCAGGGAAUGAAAAUCUUCUUCCUGCUGGUGGUGGGGCUGUAUGUUCUGUAUCUGGUGUUUUUGGUGGUGCGAGCGUGCUCAGAACUCAAAAACAUGCCCUACACAGAUUUGCGACUAAAGUUUCUGACAGCGCUGACGUUGGUUGUCUUGGUGAUUAGUAUGCUCAUUCUGUACCUGAGAUUCGGCUCCAAGGCUCUGCAGGAUAAUUUUGUAGCAGAACUUUCUACACACUACCAGAAUUCAGCUGAAUUUCUCUCUUUCUACGGCCUUCUCAACUUUUAUCUCUACACAUUAGCGUUCGUGUACUCGCCCUCCAAAAACGCCCUUUACGAUUCCCAGCUGAAAGAUAAUCCCGCCUUCUCCAUGCUCAACGACUCGGACGAUGAGGUCAUAUACGGGAGCGAUUACGAAGAAAUGCCUCUUCAAAACGGCCGUCCCAUCAAAGUGACCGCCAAGUACCAGGAUGAGAGUGAAAGCGACUGAUCGGACUUCUGAUUGGAUGAAACUGGUCUGCUCGUGUAUUUUUAGCAUCUGGGCUCUUUGGGGGAUGUAUAUAGACUCAUUGAAAUAAUGCCGGUGUCAUUAGAUACUUUGUGUACAUGCCUAUAUAUAUAUAUUUUAAAGAGAACGGUGAGGUGGCCUGAUGAGGAGAUUUCAUAAGAUGGCACCAUAAAUGCAUUUCUGAUUAGUUGCACAGUGACCGUGAGCGAUAAAACUGAUUUAAAUACUGAAUAUCAGCAGUUUUUCAAGCACUGUCUGCACGUGUCUAGAGAGCCCAUAUAGAGAUCUGAUGUGCUCGUUUGAUUUAUUAUUAUUAUUAUUUUUCUUGAAUGAAGAAGGUAUUGGGGUGAAUCUCAAAAGGAAAAAAUAGGUCAAUGAUAUGUUGCAUAAACAGCCCAUUUAAGGACGGUUACGGGUGUUCAUGCAAUGUGAAAAAAGGGAUUUAUGAAAGUACUUUUGGUUAAUCGUCAGGACGUUUCUUUGUGAGAUUCACCCGCACUGGAUGUCCUCCAGUUUUACAUUCCAAAAACAAUCUUGACUCGCAUUCCUUUGUCACGUGAUGUGCCUGUGAACGUGUUUCUGUUGUGUAUUAUUUUGCGGAUCAUUCCUGAGUUAUUGUUUAUGACAUCACAAUGUAUUCAAAUAUGAAAGCUGGUUCUUAGUGGCAGAUUUGCGAUCCGGCUGGACAUAAAGUAACGCCUUGUUUUUGUACGCACUGUUCACUUAUUGUCUGACGUACUGUUUAGUUUGGAGGUUUGUGCUCGACAUGACGUUUGCAGAUGGUGAUGCUCAACAUCAGCUGUUUGUGGAUGGUAGAAUUGUACCUUAAUGUUUCUAGAAUGUGGUUUUGCGUCACAGAUAUACAUUUACAUGAGUUUGGGUUAGAAGGAUGUUUAAUUUGUCACAGUUCCAUGUAUGUCAAAUGAGCUGCUGAACUUAAAGGGAUAUUUCACACAAAUUGAAAAUUCUGUCAUUAUUUACUCAACCUCGUGCUGUUCCAUACCGCAAAAUAUGUUUGAGUGGACAAAGCAACAUUUUUUUUUUCUCUCUCCAUACAAUGUGAAUAGUGACCGAGGCUGUAAACGAUGACGGCAUAUUUGUGGGGUGAAUUAUUCCUUUCAUGAAAUAUCCCAGAGAUACCACUACAAGUUCUUUGUUUCAUUCCUGUUAGCUCGCUUUAUGCGAGAUGCCUGGUUCUCUGUGCCUUUCAACAUGAACAAAAGGUCAUGCCCCUAGCCUUGCUGACCUCUUGACCUCAGUCCAAACACAAGUCAGAGGAGAUUUCCUUCAGUUGCACUGUUGUGAUGUAUGAGGGAAAUGUUGUAUAAAAUGUUCAUUAAAUUUGUAAGACUGCGUCCACACGUGGAAUGGA